AUGUCAGAUCCUGGGAACUACACUGUGGCCUGGAUCUGCGCCUUACCCGUGGAAUACGUUUCCGCACAAGAAUUCCUCGAUGAGGAGCACGACAAACCCCGCUUUGUGUCGCCAAGUGAUACCAACGACUAUACAUUGGGCAAGAUGGGAGAACACAACGUUGUCAUCGCCGUCUUACCCGAUGGUGAAUAUGGAACAGCUUCUGCCGCUAGUGUAGCGACAAACAUGCUCAACAGUUUUCACAACAUCAGGAUCGGCCUCAUGGUUGGGAUUGGCGGGGGUGUACCAAGCGAGAGCCAUGAUAUUCGGCUGGGCGAUGUUGUGGUCAGUGCACCUCGCGAUGGCGAGAGUGGUGUGUUUCAAUACGAUUUUGGCAAGUCGAUCCAGGACCAAAGCUUUCAGCACACACGGUUCUUAAACCAGACACCAGCUAUUUUGCGCGCUGCAAUAGCGGGUAUCCGAACUCAAUAUGAGAGAAAAGGGCAUCAGCUUGAGGAGGCCAUCUACGGUAUUUUUGGGAAGAACAUGAGACUUCGUCGGAAGUACAAACGGCCAGAACCAAUCACGGAUAGGCUGUUUCUCCCCGAAGUUAUCCAUCACCAAGCUGACUGUGCUAUGUGUGUGGUUGAUCCUUCCACGUUGGUACCACGAAGCGAGCGGGCUAACGACGAAGAUAACCCUGCCAUUCACUAUGGCCUGAUUGCUUCUGGCAAUCAGCUGAUGAAGGAUGCUUUGAUUCGAGAUCGGCUUGCCGCGGAGAAAGACGUCCUUUGUUUCGAAAUGGAAGCCGCGGGGCUGAUGAAUACUUUUCCAUGUCUGGUCAUUAGGGGUAUCUGCGAUUACUCGGACUCACAUAAGAACAAAGAGUGGCAAGGGCAUGCAGCUAUGGUGGCAGCUGCAUAUACGAAGGAUCUCCUACAGAGAAUUCCUCUUAACAGAAUUGAAGCCGAGCAGAGGAUAAGUGCUGUUGUGUCUGAGGAGCUGAAAGGCAUCCAACAUCGCUUAGAUCAAGCAUACAGUCAACACGAGCGGCACUUUAGUGAACAGAAAGCAAGAGUCUUAACAGAUCAACAGCGUCGUUGUUACCAAGUGUUCAAGGUCGUCAACUACGCGGAGCAAAAGAACAUAAACCCUAAACGAGCUGAAGGAACCUGUCGAUAG